AUGACCUAUCAAUAUCUGACGCCCGAAGACAUCGACCACUUUCUCGAAUAUGGAUACAUCCGCAUCGACGGCGCUUUCACGCGUGAGGCCUCGGCACAGUGGACCUCCGAACUUUGGCCACGCCUGGGAAUGGACCCCAAGGACAAGUCCACAUGGCCGACCGACAGAGAUAGGAUCCAUAUGCCGGACACCAAGAGAAUCAAAGUGGCUGAUUUCGCGCCGAAGGCUUGGGCAGCGAUUUGUGACCUGCUUGGAGGCGAAGACCGGAUUGAUGAAAAAAGUGCCACUUGGUCAAACGGCUUCAUCGUCAACCUCGGGCUUCAUGAACUGGUGGGUAGAGAGCCGCUUCUGCCGAAGGAGCUCGAUAAUUGGCACGUAGAUGGGGAUUUCUUCAUCCACUUCCUCGACUCGCCGGAACAAGCACUCCUCGUCAUACCCGUAUUCUCGGACAUUGAGCCAAGAGGCGGUGGAACGUACAUAUGUCCUGACGGCAUCGACAUCAUCGCAAAGUAUCUCCACUCGCACCCCGAAGGUGUCAUGCCUGUCGAUCGGCAAUUUGUUCCAUCGACCGGGACAAACUCUCCAAUGGACCCCGUCGACACGUCGGUCCCGGGAUACUGGUCUCAUCUCCGUGAGGUUCAGCGAUGUUCUCACUUCGUCGAAAUGACUGGAAAAAUCGGCGACGUGGUGCUCAUGCAUCCCCUCAUGAUGCAUUCAGCCAGCAAGAAUCACCUGCGGACGCCUAGGGUGAUCACCAAUCCGCCUGUAUCACUCAAAGAACCCUUCCGGUUCGAUGGUUCAGGUCACAACCUGAGCUUGGUGGAGAAAAAGACCUUGAGAGCUUUGGGCGUGAAUGCUCUCGAGGGCUGGUCUAUCAGCGGCGAACGGAGAAUGAUAGUGCCAAAGAGGGUGUUGAUCCAACAGAAGAUGAGACAGGAGGAGGAGAAGAGGCUAGCGGCCCUUCGCGAAGAAGCUGCGAAAGCCCAUUAA